AAGUAAUGUAAAACUUACAAUGCCUAGUCAAUAAUUCUGUAAUCAUACAACUGGUUGGUUUGAUUAUCAAGCAGGAAAGAUGGAUGAAAACACUAAAGAUGAAUCUGAAGAACAAUUUUUGAAAGCAAAAGCAUAUUUGCAACAAGUUAAAGAUGAAGGAGAUUCGAGCUUGUAUGAUCAUUUCACAUCGGUACUUACAAAGCUGCUUGAUGAAAGGCCUCAGAAUAGUAUUGAUCUUAUAGAGAAUUAUUUUGAAGAGAGUAAAAAGCACGUUUUAAAAAGUGAACCUGUUAAAGAUGAUGCGUCACCUGACACACCAACAGAAGAAGUCCUUGCACAGCAACAAAUUAAAUUAUUUGAUCCAGAGGCGGAUAUGGAGUCAGCAGAACCACCCCAAAAUGAAAAUGAAGAAGAAUUUGACAUCCCACUCCCCAAUGUUAUGGAGCUUGCCCACUGCUUUGAGCAAGCAGGAAUUGGUCUAGCAAGGGAAGAAUUAUAUCGAGUCUUCCUUGCACUAAAGCAGUUAGUCUUCAGCUAUCCACUGACAAGUGUAAGAUUUUGGGGAAAGAUUUUUGGAGUUGAAAAAAAUUAUAUUGUUGCUGAAGUUGAAUUUAGAGAAGGGGAGGAUGCAGAAGAAGAAGUUGGUGAGGUUUUGGAAGAAAUAAUUGAGAUGUGCUAUGGUUGUGGUCAUAUUUCCAAGUCCUUAUCUUUUCUAAGGAAAGUGGGUGAAGGCGACGAAGAGCGAGAAGAUGAUCGAAGGGAUGAUGGAAGCGAGGAAGGUGUUCCAAGUGAAGAGGACGACAUACCAAAGUCCCAGUGGAAACCGCCUCCUGUUAUUCCCAAAGAAGAUCAUCACAAUGGAACAAAUAAAAAAGUCUACUUUGUCUGCAAUGAAGCUGGACAGCCAUGGGUUAGGCUACCGCACGUAAAUCCAGCACAAAUUGUUGCCGCAAGGCAGAUAAAGAAAUUCUUUACUGGAAAAUUGGAUACCCAGAUCAUCAGUUUUCCACCUUUCAAUGGUACAGAAGCUAACUACCUUCGUGCUCAAAUCGCAAGAAUUAGUGCUGGUACCCAUAUCAGUCCGGCGGGAUACUUUAUUUUUGAGGAAGACGAAGAAGAAGAGGAAGAAGGACAGCCUCGGGAUUCAUUCGAGCAAAACGUGGAAUUCGAAGGCCUACCUCUGCGGGAUCUAGUAGAUCCAUCAAUGCAGAACUGGAUACACCAUGUGCAACACAUCCUGCCGCAAGGAAGAUGCACUUGGUAUGAUCCCUUUCAAAAGCCGGAAGAUGAUUUCGAGGAUGAAGAUUUGGAUGAAGAAGAAGAAGACAAAAUGGACAGUGUCCAGCCAGAAGUGGGCCCACCUUUGCUGACUUGUGUUGCUGAUGACGAGGCCUUACCCACAGUGCCUGCUUGGACUACUUACGCAUCUUCAAAAGCAUUGCCUGAGUAUGCCGUUGCUGUAGUGCGGUCAAAUCGUUGGCCAGGUGCUUACACAUUCUCUAAAGGGAGAAAAUUUGAAAACAUUUACAUUGGUUAUGGGCAUAAAUACAAAGCGGAGAAUUACUCGCCUCCAAUACCGCCUACUGCACUUGAUGAAUACCCAGUGGGUCCCGAUGUCAUGGAAAUGGAUGACCCAACAGUCGAGGAUGAGCAAGCAUUAAAGAGGGCACAGGAAGAAGCCAUGAAGGCUGCGGAGGAGAUGGAUGGAAUCGAUGAUGAUGAGGACGAUGCAGACUAGCCCACGUGACUUUCAAUUACUAGUUGUUGAUAUGUAAAUAUGGUAAAUUUUUAAUAUUCCUCAUUAUCCAUG